UGUCCGGUCAUUCGUAGAUGUUAUGUAGGCGCGGAUUGUUAUGACGUUUUAGGUGUCGGCAAGAAUAUCUGUGAAGUCGCAUUUGACUGCUCAGUCGAAUAAUACAAGUUAAAACUUGUACAGAUAUAUAUAUUUCAUUGAAAAAUGGCAGAGGAGUAUAAAGGACGCGUAAUUGUUUUUAGUAUAACAGGGUGUUCGCACUGUAAGAGUGCAAAAUCAUUGUUAACGGAGAGAAACAUACCUUUUGUGGAUGUAAACUUAGAUACCUUUCCAAAUUUGCGUGAAGAAGUUAAACGGCGGACUAACAGAAGCACGGUACCUCAGGUUUUUUUCAAUAAUAUCCAUGUUGGAGGGAACGAAGAACUGCAAAAUCUUAUGAAGAAUGAAGAUAAGUGGCAAGCACUAAUACAAGAAAUCAAAGAAAAUGAACCACCUGAAGAUGCCCCUACUCCCCCUGCAGAAGAUGCUUUUGUUGAUAGUGACAGUAAAGAUGAUUCUGGUCCAAUAUUGAAGUGUGAAGAAGAUGAAUUUUACUCAUUGGCUAAGGAGAUAAAGGACAGUGGUGUGCUUAAAGACCAUCGUCAAGGACUUUUCCAUGUUGUACGUCGUUCAAUUACCAGUGAAGAGUUGGUUAGUUGGAUGAAAGAAACUAAGAAUAUGGAUCAAGAAAAUGCUAUAGAAACAGGAAAACAGCUUGUUGAAAGGCACUUCUUGGUGCCUUUGAGAAAAGGAACAACCUUUAAAGAUGACAGUAAUGCACUUUAUAGGAUGAUAGAUUAUCAGUGGGAAAAUGCUCUUAAUGCUAUUCCAAUUUCAGAGUGUAAAGCAAGGCAAGCUUUUGAAGUUGCUGAAGAGAUGAGAAAGUUGAUUUUGAAGCUUUAUUCGGAGUAUCUGUCUUCGGAUGGAAAGAAAGUUGAUUAUAGAGGAUUGGGUGCUAGUGAAAGUUUCAAGGAAUAUAAAAAAUUGUCUACAGAGCUUCAACGAGUUAACCUGAAAGGCCUAAGCCGAGAAGAGACCCUUGCUUUCUUUAUCAACAUAUAUAAUGCCCUUGUAGUGCAUGCAACUGUGAGUCGUGGACCUCCUACUAAUCUGUGGCAAAGAUGGAAGUUCUUCAACUCUGUAUCAUACAUUAUUGGAGGUCAUCCAUACUCUCUUCAAGAUAUAGAAAAUGGAGUAUUGAGAGGAAACAAAAGAGGGAUUGGUAUGUUUUUUUGUCCAUUUGGUAAAGCAGAUCCUCGUCUUCAGUUCAUAAUGAAGGAAGUGGACCCUCGUAUCCACUUUGCCUUAGUAUGUGGAGCAAAAAGCUGCCCCCCCAUCAAAACUUAUUCUCCUCAGAAUAUAAAUAAAGAACUACAGCUGGCUACAGAGGCUUUUCUAGAAAGUGAAGAUGGUGUGAAAGUCAUUGACGAUCAAUCUCAGGUCCUGUUGUCCAGCAUAUUCAAGUGGUACAAGUGUGACUUUGGAAGUAGCGAAGAGGAAUUGCUUCGAUGGUUGUAUCAACAAAUGAAUGAUGGAGAGAAAAAGAAGCUUUUAGGAGGAGUAAUACAAAAUCCAAAACGAAAAGUUAGUUAUAUUCAGUACAACUGGGGUUUAAAUUCUGCAUAAUGUUUAAUUUAAAAAUCCAAUUGUGCUUAAAUGUAAUUAAUUGUAAGUUAUCUCUCAUCUUUAUAUAAAUAAAUCAUGAAAAGCAAAUUUUAUUAUAUGUUUGUAAUUAAUACUUGUGUGCCUUAAACUCUCUGGGUCAGUGUUACUCAUUGUUAAAUUUGUAAUACGUCUUACCAUACAUAGAUUAAUGAUUUGUUUUUAUCUACUUGUGCUAAGAAUUUUAAUAUUUCAUGUACUAGGCAUGUUUUUCAAUUAUUAGUUACUACAAACAUAUUUACAAAUCUCAUUUUUAAAUCAUUAGUCACAAGAUCUAAGCUGAAAUUUUAAGGUUUCAAUUGCAUAAUAUAAUAUAUAUAUAUAUAUAUAUAUAUAUAUAUAUAGGUAAGACUUACAUCCUGUUAGGAUAUCUUAUUUAUUAUUAUACUUUAAUAAGUUUCAUGUUUUAUUGGCAGGAAGUAUAUUUAAUCUAACAAAAGAUUUGUAAAAAAUAAAUAAAUAAAGAUAAAAAAAUUAAUUGGAUUUUAUAGUCGCUGUUGAUUUAUCUAAUUUCGAAGAAGCUCAAGAUCAUCAUAACCACAAUUAAUGGAUUUAGUGGAGCCAAUUGUUACCACAUUGAUUUAGUUGUUUUUAUGUGUACAUAACAAAUUAAUGUUAAUUUUAAACUUACUCUAUUUUUCUAUAUCACACACACACACACACUAGUGAGAUUUGAAUAAAUUCUGUUAAUUUUCAUCUUUCAAAAGAUGAUUUAAAGGUUAGAAUAAAAUUUUAAACUGAGAAUCUUGGUUUUUGUACACACACAAUAACUUGCUUGGCUCUACUUUUUUCUUAUAGUGUACAUGGAUUAAUAGCCAUUGUAUAUGUACUAUAUACUUGAUACAAGAAUUUGGAACAUUCUUUUUGCAUCAGUGUUUCUGAAUUAAAUUAUUGAAGUAAUUUUAAAGCUUGAGUGUGCUAUUACAAGUUCUAGUGAUGUGGAAUGUUCAAGGUUAAUUAAACACUUCAUUCUAUGAAAACAAUGUUAUUGUCAGAUGACAGUUAUAUUUAUAUUUUAUAUUUUUAAGCAAAGUUUCAGGGACCAAUUUCUCAAUGAAUUAUAUUAAAGAGUUCAAACUCGUUAAAUAAUGAGUAAUGAAAUAUUUUAUUUUUAUGGUAUGAUAAUUAUCCAAAUAAAACGUAACAAGAAAGGGUAAUUUUCAUGUAGUACUUCCCAGGCUUUUUUCUAUACAAGGCACAAAUUUACGUGACCCUAUACAGCAUCCCAAAUAAUAAUAUAGCCAAUAACAAAUUUGCAGGACAAUUUUUCGAUUCUUCUUAAUCCAGUAGGCCUAACUGUAUUCUUACUAAACUACUACAUAGAAAGUGUUAAAUAAUUUUUGAAAUAUAAGUCUAUAGAGGUUGCACCUGCCAUAAUAAAAAAACACUCAAAGUGCUCAUCUGUUACUGUGUAAUCACAAGUAUUAAAUACAUAUUCAAACUUUCUUUCAUGGUUUAAAAUGUUUCAGAAAGUUUAUUUCAUGUAUUUCAAAGAAAGGAUGGUUUUUAAAGUGCUUUUGUUGAACAUAUAAAAUGAACUUUUCCUCACUUUUGUGCAAUUAUAAUCAGUUAAAUAUUAAAGUAGACAAAGUAGAUCAGAAAGAAAGUGCCCAUUUUUUGAGUUGUUAUCUGUGUAACUUUCUCAGUUUCAAGUUAACAAUUAAACCACAAAAUACUUUUAGAAAAAACUGUUUUAGGAGGUUUAAGUUUUUUUUAGCAG